CUUCCUUUCUGACCAAAGCAAGUCAGCAAGUUGGAGUCCCAACCUUCUUUCAAGAUGUUUCAAGUGUUCAGCCAGACUACAAGGGCACAGCAACAGGAUGCAAGAGGGCCUGCAAUGGAGCCCUUUUUUAUCCUUUUUCUAUGCUUGGCUUCCACGCAUGUAUCACUUGUGUCAACUGGCAGCGUUCCUUUCGUCUCCGCUGCCGUCACUAGCUCCGUUCCCAGCUUUAGCACUUGCAAGCUGUCACGCACACCAUUGUGCGCGAGCCCAUCUGAGAAGAGGACAUGUUGAGGCCGUUGAACCACCUGGUGCGGGCAGGUUGCGCGUCUGCUCCUCCGUCAGUUGCAGGUCCCCGGAUUCCCCUCCCAGCCUUUGCUCGGCCGUUGGCCGCGCUAGCGAAGCCUAGAGACCCUGAAAAGCCGCUGAGGCCGGCUUCACCAUGGAUUCUCUUCCUGCAGGACUUCCGUGCUGAUCAGAGCACGAAGCUGAAAGCCAAGGAGGUCUUGAGCGAGGCCUCCAAGAAAUGGCGAGGAAUGCAGGCGGGCGAGAAGGCCAAGUACGAGGAACCCGCGCAGGCCCUGAAAGCCAAGUACUCGGAAGCCAUGAAGAGCUACAAAGAGUCCGGCAAGCAGGACGCCUGGAAGCGGGAUCCGGAGCGGCCCAAGAAGCCUUUGACGCCCUUCUUCAAGUUCAUGGAGGAGCAACGGGCAGCGGCCGGCAAUCCUAAGGAGGUGGUUGAGAUCACCAAGAGUGCGGGCUUGAAGUGGAAGAGCCUCAGCGAGUCCGAGAAGAGCCGCUAUGCAGCUGGCUGGGCAGAAGCCAAGGAGAAGUAUGCGGCAGAACUUCAGGCAUACAAGGACUCGGGGAAAGAGGCCAAAUGGGAGAAGAGAGUGGGCAUCACGGCGCUCAAGGAAAAGAUGCAGGUGCGGAUAGCAUCGAAAGCCAGGACGCAAAAGGCGAAAGACGCGAACAAGGCCAAGCUGCAAAAGGCCAAGGCCGUUGAGAAGGCGAAGAAAGCCAAGGAAACGGAAAAGGCCAAGAAAGCAAAAGAGGCUGAGAAGGCUAAGGCCAAGAAAGCCAAGGAAGCAGAAAAGGUCAAGAAGGCCAAGGCAGCCGAGAAGGCCAAGAAAGCCGCCGUGCGAAGCAAGGCGAAGGCGAAAGCGAAGGUCUAAGCCAUGCGCCUCUCGCGAGAACGACGGGAGGAGGCCAAUGGAACGGCGCACGCCGAUCUGAGCAGGAUUGGAUCUAUUUUACAGAAACGAACUAUAUAGGUCAGACCGUGUCCACAUGUGUCCAC